AUGCCUUUGACAUUCGGCAGUGAUGCCACUUGCAGGAGGCCUGCGUGCAUUUUGGCAACACGUCUCUCGUCUUUCAUCUCUUCCACGACCAUUGCCACUGAGGAUAUCAGAAGAAAUACCACAACUUAGACAUCUGAGCAUGACUUCUCCUAUUCCCAGGGAUGUCCGCGAAUUCCUGGACAACUACGAUGAUAUUAAGGACGACGAGCGAAUAAACACAAACUUGGAGUUCUACCAGAACAAACGUAGAUGUCGACCGGACAACCUUCUCAUUGAUGAAAUACAUGAUAAGUGGAAGGGGGACUAUUCGAAGUUAGAGUACAAGCAUGGCUUCAUCCAGUGGCUCUUCCCUAUACAAGAGUACGGAAUGAACUCUUAUGCUCAGCCACUUCAACGCCAUGAGAUCACUGCUAUGAAGAAAGACCCAGCAAUCAUUGCUCGUGUGCUCAAGUCAUAUCGUCUCAUCCUGGAUUUCUACGGCAUGAACCUCGAUUCUUCUGAUACAGGUCGUUUGAGCCGUGUUAAACCAGAAGCGAAAUGUCAGGAGCGCUAUCGUAACCUGGUUCGAUCGAGCCACAACUACCUGCGGAUAUCUCGCAUCCUUAAAUGUCUCUCCGAGCUGGGCUUGGAAAGACUGAACGCAGGUUUCCUCCUUCAUAUCCUCAACGAGCAAAGCGAACAUCAAGAGUUGAACAACUCGAGUCUGAAGAGUAGUAUGGAUCGAUGGUGGGCGAAUUGUAUCCGGAAUGAGCAGGAGCGAGAAUGGAUCGGAGGUAUGAUUAGGAAGGUACGAUCUGAUCAUGACUUCGUCUUUACUCGAGAGAUGUACGAGAAGGCACUGGAGAGACGGAAGGAGACAGGGAGCCUUAGAGGUGAGGAUGCGAGGAUCACUUUGCCAUAGCCAUAGAGAUGUAGCGACCAGACUGAUCGGGACUAAGCACCCUCCUGUCAUCCGGUGGUGAGGGCUUGAGGGUCCAUAGAUUAGAAAGGGAUCAUCUGUAUAUCAUAGUUCAUAUGCCAAUCCUGUAAUAACGGCGUAGGUAUAGUACAUACCUUAGUUGUCGAAUGAUUCUGACAACACUCAUGUUAGACUACGCUCAUGGUGAUGUCUCAGCGGAGAGCAAGGUCAACCUCUCCAUAAGAGCCUUUUGCCUUGCGUUGCUAUAUUGAUUACUGACGGACUGUAGAAGAUGUUCAACAUCUUCGAAAAUGUUUCCCGCCUGAUUUGAUUCGGGCUCAGCAGAAGAAGAAUCUAUAACCUUGCGAUGCUAGCUCGACCGCUGCCCAGAAAUAUACCCGCUUCUCGCAU